UAUCUUUAUUCCGCAAACUCCAAAACCUUCCAGAUUCCCAUUAAAGUUUAAUUAUGGAAAUCACCUAAAUGAAAUGGAUUUCAUUAAUUAACUUCUUCAUUUUUGGGUGUUAGGAUGAAAUAGAACACGUGCACAAAACUGGCAAACACACGCGCAAGGCUGUAAUUCCGCUGCGUAAUUACGCACGGUCAUCUGUGGGUAGUCUCUGCCCAAUGUGAGCUCAAACAAUUUCCAAAGAGAAGCAGAUUGAAACAGUAGCCCAUUUUAAAAGUAGGGCCAGUCGUCCCUACUUACUCUAAAGCAUCUUUUGACGUCAUACGCGCGCACUGUUGUGAUAUAAGUGCGCGAAAAGCGGGUUUCAAGUUUCCGUCUCGCUUCAUCAAGGACAGGAUGCUGAGCAGGUAUGCCACAGAAGACGAGAAACCACAUUUUCAUUUAUAGGUCAUGUAUUUUGAGAGUGCGCCCGCGGCGCGCCGCGUGCGUAAUGGAGAGAUUUGCCUCUGAACUGAGCAGUUAAGGCAGAAUACAGAGAGAGUCUAAGCUCUUUGUCUGAGUGUAACUGAGGAAAACUGAUCAUUUCCUCAAAUCUUCGUUCCUCUGCGCGCGCCCAUGCCAGCUCCGAACAUCUCUCCAAGUCCAUGGAUGAAAAGACCCAGCGGCCGGUAGGAUGGUUGUUGUGGGAGCGAGUAACGGAACUUUCGGCAGCGGCAACAUGAGGUCGUCCUUCAUGAUCGACGACAAAGUGGGUGACGGAGCUCUGAGAGGCUCCACCAACACCAUGAUCUCUGAGGCUCUCGCGCCCCGGCUGCUGAAGAUUGCGCAGGGCGCCGCAGAGGCUGCAGCAGCAGCGGCAGCAGCCACUUCUCCGUCCACCUCCAGUCAGCCACAGGUCAUGGAGACGAACGGGACGCGCUGCGGCGAGCUGAUCCUGAGCUACGGCCGGGUGGAGAAGGUCCUGAUCGGCGGAGUCCUCACCAUGCUCACGCUCUCCACCAUCUGCGGGAACCUGCUGGUGGUCAUCUCCGUGUGCUUCGUGAAGAAGCUGCGCCAGCCGUCCAACUACCUGAUCGUGUCUCUGGCCGUGGCGGACCUGUCGGUGGCUCUGGCCGUGAUGCCGUUCGUGAGCAUCACGGACCUGAUCGGCGGGCAGUGGAUCUUUGGACAGUUCUUCUGUAACGUUUUCAUCGCCAUGGAUGUGAUGUGCUGCACCGCGUCCAUCAUGUCUCUGUGCGUAAUCAGCAUUGACAGGUAUCUGGGGAUCACAAAGCCGCUGACGUACCCCGUCCGUCAAAACGGCUGCUGCAUGGCCAAGAUGGUCCUGUCGGUGUGGCUGCUCUCCGCCUCCAUCACCCUCCCCCCUCUGUUCGGCUGGGCCCAGAACGUCAACGACGGCAGAGUGUGCCUCAUCAGCCAGGACUUUGGCUACACCGUCUACUCCACGGCCGUGGCGUUCUACAUCCCCAUGUCGGUGAUGCUGAUCAUGUACUACCGGAUCUUCCGAGCGGCCAAACUCAGCGCGGCCAAACACACCAUCACCGGGUUCCCCAGGACGGGGGACUCCCGGGCCGCGGCGCCCCAUCGAGAGGGACGGGGAGGACACAAAGCUCAUCAGCUGUCGGAGUCGGGAGAAACGGGAAGUGUGGAGGGGACGGAGGCUGAGCCGGAGGAGGACCUGGAGGAGGAGGAGGAGGAGAGCUUGGACUGUGUGGCGGCGGCGCUGAAGCUCCAGCGGGAGGUGGAGGAGGAGUGCAGCACCAGAGUGUCCCGCCUGCUGAAGAGCGGCGAGCAUCACCAGCGGCGGAAGAGGAAAAACCAGUCCAUCUUCAAGCGGGAGCAGAAGGCGGCGGCCACGCUGGGCAUCGUGGUGGGCGCCUUCACCUUCUGCUGGCUGCCGUUCUUCCUGGUGUCCACGGCGCGGCCGUUCAUCUGCGGCGUGGAGUGCAGCUGCGUGCCGCUCUGGCUGGAGAGGACGCUGCUGUGGCUCGGUUACGCCAACUCCCUCAUCAACCCGUUCAUUUACGCCUUUUUCAACCGGGAUCUGAGGACCACCUACAGCAACCUGCUGCGCUGCCGCUACAGGAACAUUAACCGGAAGCUGUCGGCCGCCGGCAUGCACGAGGCUCUGAAGCUGGUGGAGAAGCCCGACGCUGAAGCGUGAAGCUAACGAUGGAAGAAAAAAACUGCUGAUUAUUUUCCUGAACAGCGAGAAGAUGCGUUCAAAUAUGUACAGAUAUGGUCACCUCGCGCGUUCGGAUCUACUUUUGGCACCAACGGUUCAGUCACUGCUCACAUCCUGAGGAAACUUUGCCAAGAAAACGAAACAUUUCAAAUUCUUCACCUUCACAGCCGCUUCUUUUUAGUUUUCAUUAUUCAAUUCCGUGCCAAGUGAAAAGAAACAUUUCUGAUGCUGCUUCAACUCACAGAACAUUUCUUGAGUGGAACUCCAACAAAAGAAAAAACAACCUGUAAAGAAUGACGUGCAUUUCAGUGUUUUUGCCGUUUUGUAACACUUGUUAACAUCUUUAUAUCUAUAGCCUUUCAUUGUGCAGAAAGAGAUGAAGAUUCGCCUCAAAGAAUAGACACUUUUUUUGUUUAAAAUAUUAUUUAUGAAUAUUUUUUUAUGACUGGAGGCUGGCGGAUGAACAAAACCAAACUUUUAGGUAAAGCUGAACACUUUUUGAAUGUCGUUUUUGCUCUGAUUGGACUUCUGCUACUUAUGUUUCAGCGUCUGAGUUCUAAGAAUGAUCCAUCGUCUGAUCACUUUUUAGCGACUCCAUGUUGCUUUGCCUUUAACCCUUUGACUCCUGAGGCGUCGCCCGUGACGCUUAAACACAAAAUCUUUAACUUUUCAACCGUUGACACGAUAAUUAGAGUAGAUUUCGAGGGAUAAAAGCAACAUUUUGUAGGCUAUUUAAGUUUAGCUAAUAUUUCAGCUACAUGCUAACUGUUUUGGCUAAUUGUGCUUUUUCUUUCCGGAUUUUUUGGAGUUUAGCUAAUAUUUUGGCA